GCCGCUGCCGGAGGAUCGUUUUAAAGGGCCCGCGAGCCGCCGCCCCCUCGGCCCGCCAUGCUGCUCCCUGUGCCGCUGCUGCUCGGCCUGCUCGGCCUGGCCGCCGCCGAGCCCGUCGUCUACUUCAAGGAGCAGUUUCUGGACGGAGAUGGGUGGACCGAGCGCUGGAUCGAAUCCAAACACAAGUCCGAUUUUGGCAAAUUCGUCCUCAGUUCGGGCAAGUUCUACGGCGAUCAGGAGAAAGAUAAAGGGCUGCAGACCAGCCAGGACGCCCGCUUCUACGCCCUGUCGGCCCGAUUCGAGCCGUUCAGCAACAAGGGCCAGCCACUGGUGGUGCAGUUCACCGUGAAACACGAGCAGAACAUUGACUGCGGGGGCGGCUACGUGAAGCUGUUUCCGGCCGGCCUGGACCAGAAGGACAUGCACGGGGACUCUGAGUACAACAUCAUGUUUGGUCCUGACAUCUGUGGCCCCGGCACCAAGAAGGUUCACGUCAUCUUCAACUACAAGGGCAAGAACGUGCUGAUCAACAAGGACAUCCGUUGCAAGGACGACGAGUUCACACACCUGUACCUGAUCGUGCGGCCGGACAACACGUAUGAGGUGAAGAUUGACAACAGCCAGGUGGAGUCGGGCUCCCUGGAGGAUGACUGGGACUUCCUACCCCCCAAGAAGAUAAAGGACCCAGAUGCCUCGAAGCCCGAAGACUGGGACGAGCGGGCCAAGAUCGACGACCCCACGGACUCCAAGCCCGAGGACUGGGACAAGCCCGAGCACAUCCCCGACCCGGACGCGAAGAAGCCCGAAGACUGGGACGAAGAAAUGGACGGAGAGUGGGAGCCGCCGGUGAUUCAGAACCCCGAGUACAAGGGUGAGUGGAAGCCGCGGCAGAUCGACAACCCCGAUUACAAAGGCACCUGGAUCCACCCCGAAAUCGACAACCCCGAGUACUCGCCCGACGCUAACAUCUAUGCCUACGACAGCUUUGCCGUGCUGGGCUUGGACCUCUGGCAGGUCAAGUCGGGCACCAUCUUCGACAACUUCCUCAUCACCAACGAUGAGGCGUACGCCGAGGAGUUUGGCAACGAGACGUGGGGCGUCACCAAGACGGCCGAGAAGCAGAUGAAAGACAAGCAGGACGAGGAGCAGCGGCUGAAGGAGGAGGAGGAGGAGAAGAAGCGGAAGGAGGAGGAGGAGGCCGAGGAGGACGAGGAGGACAAGGACGACAAGGAGGACGAGGAUGAGGACGAGGAGGACAAGGACGAGGAGGAGGAGGAGGCGGCCGCCGGCCAGGCCAAGGACGAGCUGUAGAGAGGCCUCCAGGGCCGCCCGAGCCCUGAGCGCUCGCGCCGCAGAGCCAAAUAAUGUCUCUAUGAGACUCGAACUUUCUCCCCCACCUCUCCCAGGCAGGUUCAGAUUCGGGGUGGGUUAUUUUGGUUUUGUCCCCCCUCCCCCCAUUUUUUUUUUUUUUUACUGGCGUUUGAUCUUUGAUUCUCCCCGUAAAGCCCCCUCCCCGUCUCUCUCAAUCAGCAUCUUCCCCUUCCUCCCUGGGUGCCCUGCUCUUUCCCUCAGAUGUGUUAGGCCACCCUCUGUAACCCCCAGGAGUGGGGAGCGGUGUGGAGACGAAGCCCCCCCAGGCUGGAGCCUCCCGGGGAGGGGUGGGGGUGGGGGGAGAUGGCAGGAGAAAGAGGGGGACGCCUCCGGCCACCCCCCUCAGCCUGCACUGAGGAGGAAGUAGGCUCCCGCCCCCUUGUCCCCCAGGACCGGGCCACUUGCUGGGUGGGGGCAGUGGGUUCCAGCUCGGCUCACACUGCGAAUGUAAGAACUUCAAACAAAAUUUCUAUUAAAUUAAGUUUUGUGUC